GCGGGCGCUGCUGCAAGCCGCGGUGGCCUUUGUUUGUGUGCGGGCUUGCGCGGUGGUGGUGAGUGAGGCUGCUGGCAGGUCAGUGCCCCCAGGUGAGCCAGAGCCACGCUGACAGGCGGCUGCCUGGCUCCUGCAUCGCCUCCAAGGCUUGGAUCAGGCCAGGCCUGCCGGCUGCGAGGAAGCUAACCGUGUGGGGAGAAGUCUGCGGCUAGAGAGAAGGGUCCCGCUGGACCGGAGGAAGAGGGAGGAGCUUCCGGAGACUCAGCAAUCAACCUCUCUUCUCGUUCUCUCCUUUUGGGGACUCUGAAGCUUAGACCUUAAACCUACAGAGAGAGAGGAGGGGAAGAGAAGAAACACAUCAAUGUGAGAGAGUAACAGCAAUCAGUUGCUUCCUACGUGCACACCAACCAGGGAUGGAACCCAUAACCAGGUAUGUGCCCUGACCAGGAAUGGAACCCGCAACCUUUUGGUGUACAGAACAGCACUCCAACCAGCUGAGAGCUGCCUGACUAGUGUGGUGGCUAGCAUUUUGAUGAGACAUAUUAGAAGGAAAUGAAGAUUAUAUACUGAACCACUGUGUCAAGUAUAAGAAUGCAGCAAUCAGGAUCCUGAAGUAAGAAGAGAAUAUUCCAAAGAAAAAGUGUAGAAAAAGAUAAUAUAGGGUAAGAGAAUUCAUAGGAUCUAGAAGAGUAGUAAAGUCUUUCCAAACUCUGUUUUAUUCUGUUUUAUUUUAUAAAAAUUCCCACCAGCUCUGUAGUGAUGAGGAACUACAGAAUUAUCUAGUGCUGAGGUAUAGGCUUUAGAUCCAGAAAAUCUUGGAGUUGAAUCUUUCUCCCAUCUUGACUCCUUACUGGCUCUGAGAAUUUGGGCAAGUUACUUACUGUAGUUGGAAUGCCUUGGGCUUGGUUUUGGAGUCCAAAGUAGCUCUUCCUUAUCCAAGUAUUGACAAAUAUUUACACUUCCCUUAGAACUGUUAUCCUCAUAUAUUGAAGAGUAAGAGAGGGGAGAAUCUGGAUCUGGAGCCUCCUAAGAAUAGUUUAAAGGUAGCAUAUGAAAUCACUUAUUCUCUCCUUAUAAUUUAGGGGGAAUUCGAGAGGAGAGCUACAGCCAUUUCCAUUAUAGAACCAAUCAUGAAGGCUGAAUGUUGACUUUUAUAGAUUCUGAAUUCCUUUGGAGGCUAUCCAAAGAGCAGAUGGCUAGAUGGGGGAAGAAACUGGAAGAUUCUAAUCACAUGCCAAGGCUAAGGAACAAACAGAAGUGCCCAUUAUCUUAGAGACCGGCCAGAAAAGACAGAGGUGCUCAAGAACAGCCUGUGGAUGCAUUAUAUGAAGAGGUGGUGAUUAAGGUCAUACAGCAGGAGUGGACAUGUUUGGCUUUCCAACAGCUACCCUGCUGGACUGUCAUGGAAGAUAUGCACAGAAUGUAGCAUUUUUCAAUGUGAUGACAGAGGCCCACCACAAAUAUGAUCACUCUGAGGCCACAGGAUCCUCAAACUUGGAUUUCCAGAAUUCUUUCAGAAGAGAGAAGCUGGAACAAAAAUCCCCAGAUUUUAAGGCACUGCAGGAAGAUCCACCUGGAGUGAAACAGAGGGUCUAUGAGUGCCAGGAAUGUGGAAAAUCCUUCAGGCAAAAGGGUAGUCUAACAUUACAUGAGAGAAUCCACACUGGUCAAAAGCCCUUUGAGUGUACCCAUUGUGGAAAAAGCUUCAGGGCCAAAGGCAAUCUUGUUACACAUCAGCGAAUACACACAGGAGAGAAGCCCUAUCAGUGCAAGGAGUGUGGGAAAAGCUUUAGUCAACGAGGUAGUCUGGCUGUUCAUGAAAGACUCCACACUGGACAGAAACCCUAUGAAUGUGCUAUUUGUCAGAGAAGUUUCAGGAACCAGAGUAACCUUGCUGUUCAUAGAAGAGUUCACAGUGGUGAGAAGCCCUAUAGGUGUGAUCAGUGUGGAAAAGCCUUCAGUCAGAAAGGAAGCUUAAUUGUUCACAUCAGAGUCCACACAGGCCUGAAACCAUAUGCCUGCGUACAAUGCAGGAAGAGUUUCCAUACCAGGGGAAAUUGUAUCCUACAUGGCAAAAUCCACACAGGAGAGACACCAUAUCUAUGUGGCCAAUGUGGGAAAAGCUUCACUCAGAGAGGAAGUCUGGCAGUGCACCAGCGAACCUGCUCACAAAGGCUCACCCUUUAACCACAUUCUUCAAAGAGAACUCUAUGAAUUAAGAGUACAAAAUCAUCUGAAAUCAAGCAGCCUAUCCAAUUCUAUGGACUGAAAGGAGACUCUCAGAAAGACCAUCACUGGGUAGGACAAACUGACUUUUCUUUUUUCCAAAUGAGUAUGAAAAAUAAAUGUCUUAUUUAUCCUCAUCAU